AUGUCCAGCGGUGGUGAAACCCAUGAUCACUCUGUGUCUAUAGCCUCUGUGCGUGGAGAGGGUCUCAUCGCUAUUGGUAUUAACACAAAGAUAUUUAUCGUUAUUCACGAUGGUGUGAAGGAGCAAACAGGCGUUGUGGAUGAUGGACAAGUGGUGCGUGGUGUUGCAUUCCUACAAUCUUCAACAGGUUCACGUUAUCUGGUGUCUGGUGGUGAUGGUAAGCGUAUUAAUAUGUACAGUAUUCCAACACUGAAAGGAAUAUCAGAGGAGCAAUCCAAUCUUUUCUCUGCUGGAAUACCACUUUCAUUCUCUGUUGGUCCUCACACUAAGCGCAUCACACAUGUGGCAACCUGUGGUGAUUCCACUAUUUUGUUUGCCGACAAAUUUGGGGAAGUGUACCGUCUGAGUCUGACAUGGACACCCGAUCAAACUCCAAAUUCUGGAGUAACAACAACAAUGAUAAAAUGUGGCAGUGCACCCGUAUUUCUUCUUCAGCAUUUUAGCGUGAUCAGUACCUUUUUUCUCUCUUCACCCAUUUCUGGGAAAUCGUUGAUGGAUCAUUCUACAGAAAAUGGGAAUGAAAAGACAAGGACAAUGUUACCUCUUAUUGGACGUAGACUCUUUACAUGUGAUAAGGACCGUCAUGCGAGGGUCAGUUGUUACCCAGAUACAUUUCGUAUUGAACAAUUUUUAUGGAAUGAAACCCCACAGUCGGUGGUGACAUCCAUUACAGAGAUUCCAGAUCCCACAGGUCUUGGUAAAAACUCUUACUUUGUGGUUGGUUGUUUUAACGGUAUGAUACACUUAUGGGUUGCGGAUAAUACUUUGUUAGAUGCCUCUACAAGUGAACCUUUUACACUUCUCACAACCCUUUCUCCAGAAGAUGUUGGUGUUGUGAAUUCUACUAUUCCCACUACUGCAGAUGAUGGAGCUACUACUAGAGCUGUAGUAUCUCUGGUACAUGUUGACAUGUCAUCAUCUAUUAAUACGGAAAUCCAUACGAAUGGAAAAAGUAAUACACAAGGUAUUUUUAUUGCUUACGCUGGUAUAAAAGAUGUUAUCUUUGUUCCUCUCAAGUAUGAUAUCAGUACGCAGAAACUCUCUUUUUCAAUGGAAACUAUUAAACAAACACACUUGGAAUCAUUUCCUCUUGCAAUGAUAGGAUUAAACAAUGAUUCUGCGUUUCUACUGGGACGUGAUGGGUGUCCACGUAUUCUGCGGCUCAUCCACAAGGAGACGGAGUCUACCAUUCAACUUGUAAAGGAGUGUUAUGCAGAACUUGAGAAGGAAAUUGUAAACUACACACAGGGAGCUGCUGAUGGUACCCUGUUGUUGCGCGAUAUGAAUCUCUUUGCACUGUGGAAUUACGACGCCGUAGAUCCUCGUACACGCAAGAGAAAUGCAAGAGCUGUAUCAGAAGAUGAUGAUGAUAAUGAGGAUGGAAAUGGUAGCGUAGAAGGAGUGGAUACUUCUGCAGCUGCUAAUAAUACGGCUAAUACUACCACUAAUGGUGAUACAGUGGAAAAGAAAAAUAUGGAACAGAUGGUCGGUAGUAAGGUACCACGCACAGAGUCUGGAGGUGUUGUCUAG